UCACCGCACCUUACAAAAACCGAACUCAUUACAUUUACAUUGAAACCAAAUUAAGAAAAAGAGAAAAAAUGCGUAUAAAAGGCAAGAAAACUGGAAAAAGACAAAAAACGGAGAGAGCAUCAAUGUGGAUCAUACCCCACGGAAACUAUCAUACACAGGAGUAGACCCGUCGGCGAUCCAACGGCGACAAUUGGCGGAUCAAGAUCCAGAGGACGCCAUUAAUGAAUAGCCGAUUCUUGAUCGAUGUUAUUUUACGUAAUCGUAAUCCCUUCUCUUUCGCUUUCAUUUUCUGUUUCUUUCUCUCUCUCUCUCUCUCUCACUGGAGCUUCAGUUGUUUCUCUUUCUGUUUCUAUAUAUUUCUCUGUUUCAAACUUCUGUUCUCUUUCAUUCAUUCUCUGGGCUGUGUAGUGUUUUGAAGCAGAUCGGGGUGCGGGGUUACAGGCCGUCGGAUGUGCGGGCUUUGACUCGGCCGUGAUCGAGUGAGCGACUGGGGGGAAUUUACGGAUGGGGCAGUGUUAUGGCAAGACUAUUCCGACUACUGACAAUCACGUCGCUCCAACCACCAUUACCACCACAGCGUCUCCGACUUCUGCUACUAGGUACGGUGGUGAUCCGUCGCAUUUCACCUCCGGGAGUGCAGGUGGCAAUGGCGUAGUAAAUGUGAACACUACUACGCCGGCAACACCGGCGAGGACUUCGUAUCCCAGUCCAUGGCCGAGCCCGUAUCCUCACGGAGUUAGUGGUAGUCCUCUGCCUGUCGGUGUUUCGCCGUCGCCGGCUAGGGCUUCGACGCCGGGGAGGUUUUUCAAGAGGAAGUUUGCUCCGCCGUCGCCAGCCAAGCACAUCAAGGCCUCGUUGGCGAAGCGGUUUGGGUAUACGAAGCCCAAGGAGGGCCCAAUUUCGGAGGAGAGGGGGACGGAGCCGGAGCAGUUUCUGGAUAAAAGCUUUGGAUAUGGGAGGAAUUUUGGGGCAAAGUACGAGCUGGGGAAGGAGGUUGGGAAAGGUCAUUUUGGUCACACUUGCUCUGCUAAGGGGAAGAAAGGUGAGCUCAAAGAUAAACCAGUGGCCGUCAAGAUCAUCUCUAAAGCCAAGAUGACAACGGCAAUUUCAAUUGAAGAUGUUCGGAGAGAGGUGAAAAUUUUGAAGUGUUUAUCUGGGCAUAAUCACCUUAUAACAUUUCUUGAUGCAUGUGAGGAUGCCAAUAACGUCUACAUAGUCAUGGAGUUAUGUGAAGGUGGGGAACUUCUGGACAGAAUCUUGUCAAGAGGAGGAAGAUACACAGAAGAAGAUGCCAAAAAUAUAGUCGUACAGAUUUUAAGUGUAGUUGCAUUUUGUCAUCUUCAAGGCGUUGUGCACCGCGACUUAAAGCCUGAGAAUUUCCUAUUUACUUCUAGACGUGAAGAUGCUGACAUGAAGCUCAUUGACUUUGGCCUUUCGGACUUUGUUAAACCAGAUGGGAGACUCAACGAUAUUGUUGGAAGUGCUUAUUAUGUUGCUCCUGAAGUGCUUCAUAGAUCUUACUCGUUGGAAGCAGAUAUAUGGAGCAUUGGGGUUAUUACCUAUAUUUUAUUAUGUGGAAGUCGGCCAUUUUGGGCUAGAACGGAAUCAGGAAUUUUCCGUGCAGUGUUAAGAGCAGAUCCUAGUUUUGAUGAUUUACCGUGGUCUGCGGUGUCUCCUGAGGCAAAAGACUUUGUUAAAAGGCUCCUCAACAAAGAUUAUAGAAAGAGAAUGACUGCAGUCCAGGCGCUCUCUCACCCAUGGUUGCGGGAUGACAGUCGUCGUUUACCUUUAGAUAUAUUGAUCUAUAAGUUGGUCAAGUUAUACCUUCAUGCUACUCCUUUCAGACGUGCCGCUAUGAAGGCUCUCUCGAAAGCUUUGACAGAAAACGAACUCUUUUAUCUUAGAGCUCAGUUUGCGUUGUUGGAACCGAAUCAAGAUGGGCGUGUUGGGCUUGAUAACUUCAAAGUGGCUCUAAUGCGGAAUGCAACGGAUGCUAUGAGAGAGUCGAGGGUUCAGGAAAUCGUAAAUUUGCUGGAGCCCCUUGCCCUCAGAAGAAUAGACUUUGAGGAGUUCUGUGCUGCUGCUAUCAGUACGCAUCAAUUGGAAGCUCUUGACCGGUGGGAGCAGAUAGCCUGUGUGGCCUUUGAGCAUUUCGAGCGCGAGGGCAACCGGGUGAUAUCGGUUGAAGAAUUAGCAAGGGAAUUAAACCUUGGUUCUUCAGCAUACUCCAUUCUUAAAGAGUGGAUUCGCGGAGAUGGAAAGCUUAGUUUUCUUGGGUAUACAAAGUUUUUACAUGGUGUCACCCUACGUAGCUCAAAUACAAGACACAAUUAGUCUUCUUUUUCUUCUGUUUUUACAGUCUUCAUUAUAUAUAUUCAGUUUCAAAUUGGGGAGUUCUACAUUUUAGGGUUGCUGUAAAUUUUUUUUCCUUUUUUUUUUUUUUU